ACUUGAGAGAAGCCUUUUUAUUAACUUCAUAUGGAGUACUUAUCACUUGUGGGAGUAGAGAUGAUAGCAACAAUUUGUGUUGCAAUUUUGUUAGUAAUAUACACAUGGAAAAUGUUGAAUUGCGCAUGGUUUAGGCCAAAGAAAGUUGAGAAAUACUUAAGAAAAAGUGGUCUUAAGGGAAAUCCAUACAAAUUACUCUAUGGAGAUUUGAAGGAACUCACAAAUAAACUCAAUGAAGCCAAAUCUAAGCCUAUCAGUUUCUCUGGUGAUGUACCUCAAAGGCUCAUCCCUUUUUUCUGUGACUCCAUCAACAAAAAUGGUAAAAAUUCUUUUGCCUGGCUAGGCCCCAAGCCUAUAGUAUUCAUCACAGAACCUUCACUUAUAAAGAAAAUUUUCGAAAAACAUUAUGUAUAUCACAAGAAUAAGCAUUCUAAUCCAUUCGCGAAGUUAUUGGUUCAAGGUCUCGUUACCCUAGAGGAACAGAAAUGGGCUAAGCAUAGAAAAAUCAUCAAUCCCGCCUUCCAUUUUGAGAAACUAAAGCAUAUGGUUCCAGCAUUUUAUCAGAGUUGUAGCGAAAUGCUAAGGAAAUGGGAGGAGGCUGUUCCAAAGGAAACAUCAGUCGAGCUCGAUGUAUGGCCACAUUUUCAACUAAUGACCGGUGAUGUCAUUUCUCGAACUGCAUUUGGGAGUAGCUAUGAAGAAGGGAGAAUCGUAUUUGAACUUCAAAAAGAACAAGCUGAGUAUGUAAUGGAACAAAUUUUUUCGAUUUAUAUACCAGGGUCGAGGUUCUUGCCUAGUAAGAAGAAGAAAAGAAUGGUGGAAAUCGAAAAGGAAAUACAAACGACAAUUAGGCGUAUCAUUGAGAAAAGAUUGAUGACGAUGAAAGCAGGGGAGACUAGUAAUAAUAAUGAAGAUUUAUUAGGCAUAUUACUUGAAUCCAAUACGAAAGAAAUUGAACAACAUGGAAACAAAGAUUUCGGAAUGACGACAACAGAAGUAAUCGACGAGUGCAAAUUAUUCUAUUUUGCUGGGCAAGAUACCACUUCAGUGUUGCUCGUAUGGACGAUGAUUUUACUGUGCCAACAUCCAGAGUGGCAAGUACGUGCCAGAGAGGAGGUUUUGAAUGUAUUCGGAAAUGAAAAACCAGAUUUUGAAGGACUAAGUCGCCUCAAAAUUGUGACAAUGAUCUUGUACGAGACGUUAAGGCUGUUCCCCCCAGCACUGUUAUAUGGUAGAACGAACAAAGAUGAAGUCAAAUUGGGUGAGCUGAGUCUGCCAGCUGAAGUACUACUCAUUAUACCCGCAAUCUUAGUACAUUAUAACAAGGAAUUAUGGGGUGAAGACGCGAAGGAAUUCAAACCAGAAAGAUUCAGUGAAGGAGUGUCAAAGGCAACAAACGGACAAGUCUCGUUUAUUCCAUUUGGUUGGGGACCCCGAAUUUGCAUCGGACAAAACUUUGUAAUGAUGGAAGCAAAGAUGACAAUAGCAAUGAUACUACAAAAGUUCUCCUUUGAACUCUCUCCAUCAUAUACACAUGCUCCAGUUGCAGUAGUGUCUAUUCAUCCUCAGUAUGGUGCUCCUCUGCUUAUGCGCAACCUUUAAGACGAUAUUUACGUCAUUUGCAUUGUACGUUGAUCUACAUGCAUCAUUCAAAUAAUCGAUACUAAAUUGUUGUGUGAUCGCGGAAGUCAUGCUUCAAAUUUAGCUUUUGAUUGAUUUUUAUAGGACAAAAAUAAUUAUUUAAAAUGUGCUUUUAAUUUG